AAACCAAAGAAGACGAGACUAAGAGGAAGUGGUGUAGAAAUUGGGAUAAAUAUGUCUACACUUUCUGUAUCCUUAUUAAUUACCUUAAUUAUGGGUUGGCGAGUAGUAUGUUCUCCCCAGCUAUGGUUGACAUGAAGUUCCUGUUCCACUCAUCCAUGGCUGCUAUGGUCUACACAAACACCUUCUUCAGCGGUGGAUAUCUACUCGGAUCACUUUCCGGGUUCUUAUAUAAAUACAUAAACCGCCAAUUAAUGCUCGUAUUCAUGACUGUCAUACUCGCGGUAUUCACGGCUCUCAUGCCUUUCUGCACCAAUAUAUGGCUGCUAUACUUAAGCGUAUUCAUCAACUCAAUCGGUGGCGGGGCCUGGGAUAGUGGGAACGCCGUCUGGACCAUCGAGAUGUGGAAAGACAAAUCACCGCCAGUCCUACAAUUAUCACAAAUGAUGUACGGAUUGGGAAACAUAUUGUCGCCCCUCAUAGCCAAAGACUAUCUGUACGGCGAUCUCUCCAAUGACACCGACUAUGAAGACGAUUUCAGUGCUAUUAUACCAUACGAUUUGGGCCACGAAUACCCACACCAUUACCCCAAGCAUGACCACCACCACCAUCCAACUCCAGUCCCUCACAGACACACUACAACACCCUUACCAGAUAUUAACUACUCGUUUGACAGGCGCCCAAAACUCAUCAUACCGUUCCUAAUAGCCGGGGGAAUGACUUUAUUCGUCCCGGAAAGUAUUGAAGUAAUAGAUGAGAAACCAGAAUCUGUUCAGAAAAUAAUUACAGAAAAAAGUCAGCCCCUGGAGCCCUCCCGGAGGACUAAAUUCAUAUUAAUAGCUUUGGUGGCCAUGAGUCUGAACUCCUACUCGGGAAUGGAGCAAAGUUUUCUUAAUAACAGCUCCACUUACUAUCAAUACCUACCCAUACGACUGUCCGCUCAAGAAGCGGCUGAUGUCUUAUCUGUAAUGACGACCACUUAUACUGUCGGACGACUCAUAUCUGCAUUUAUAGCCAGCAAAUUGAGUCCAGAAGUCAUGAUAACCUAUCACUCAGUUAUCAUAUGUAUAUCAAUGGGAAUCUUACAGUUCGGUCAACACUCCGAAACACUCAUAUGGACCGGAAAUGCAUUAAUUGGGUUCGGACAAUGUGAUUGGCCUUCAGUUGACAACAAUAAUAGCGAUUUCGAGAACUAUACUAAUAGUUGGGCCGUAACUGAAGACACAACACACACUUCAGAUAAACCGCUUAUGUAUGCGAUUAACGGAAACUAUGACAUCGGAUGGCACUACGAGAUGACCACACAUUUGAUGAUUAAUUCAACACCACAUCCGUACGCCUACUUCGGAUAA